AUGUUCGCGCCACACGGAGCAAUGAGGGGCAAGAAGGCAGUAAAGAGCAUGACAGAAGAAACUGGACAAAUAAAAUUAAAAAGGCGGCGUCAAGGCAAAACGGAUUAUUAUGCAAGGAAAAGGCUCACAGUGCAAGACAAAAACAAGUAUAACACCCCGAAGUAUAGGCUCGUCGCUCGUUUCACCAACAAGGACAUUGUGGCCCAGAUUGCUUAUUCGAAGAUUGAAGGAGACGUCGUGGUCACUGCUGCGUAUUCGCACGAACUUCCCGCAUACGGUAUCAAGGUUGGUCUAACAAACUACGCUGCUGCGUAUGCCACUGGCCUCUUGCUCGCUAGACGCCAUCUGAAACAAUUGAACUUGGAUGAAACGUUCAAAGGGCAAGACGAGGUUACCGGUGAGUACUUCAUUGUCGAAGACGAAGGUGGCCGCCGACCGUUCAAAGCCGUGCUGGAUGUUGGACUGUCGCGAACAACGACUGGCUGCAAGAUUUUC